UGCAAGCGCCUCAAAUGGUUUGGCUCAGCUGAUCUCUUCCAGCGGAGUUGUUUUGAACAGAUAGAACUGCAGUAGGAGGAGGAUAGAGAAAAAAGGGGACAGAGUGAUUGAGAGUAUGAGGGGAAAAUAACAGAGCUCCCCUUUGUUAUAACUCGAUGUUGUUUUAAUGAGCUGUCGGUUUGUUUUUAAAAGUGUAUUUUUCAUUAGUAUUAUUUCUCUUUUUAAUUUUCUUAGGGGCUUCCUCUGCCCGGUGGUUAGGAUUACCGCCUCCUUUAUUUAAAUGUUAUUAGCUCCUCUAAUAUUUAGCUGAGGAAUCAGUAAAUUUAAGGAUAAAAACAUGAAAUCUGCAAUUCCCUGGUCUGUAGAGCUGGCAUUAACUGUCUUUUAUACGGUGCUUUGUUCUGCUCUCUUCUUGUUGAUCUAUUUGCAGCUGUGGUUGCUUUUACAUUACAAACAAAAGAGGCUCAGCCACCAAACCCUUGUCCUGUUUAUCUGCCUGCUCUGGGUGGGCUUCAGGACAGUCCUGUUUUCUUUUUACCUAAAAAACUGUGCUCAAGCCAAUGACUUGCAACCUUUUCCACACUGGGUCCUCUAUUGCUUCCCAGUUUCUUUGCAGUUCUUCACUUUGUGUCUCCUUAAUCUAUAUUUUUCACAGGUUAUUUUUAAAGCAAGGUGUUCCCCUGAAUUGAACAAAUACAAGAUUCCUCUGCGCCUGGGAUUUUUAUUUACAAGCAUUGCUUUCCUAAUAGUGAACUUGUCUUGUGUACUUAUCGUUCGUAACAAGUCUGAAGACCAGCACAAGUGGAUCACGAUCACUAGAAUUAUUGUUAAUGAAUGUCUCUUUUUUGCUUGUUCUGUUACACUGGCCAACAGCACCUACAAAAUAUCAACUAUGUCUUCUGCAUAUGUCUAUCUUGAGUCCAAGGGCACAUCUGGGCACCAAGCAGUCGUCAUUGGCUCAGUAAUCAGUGUGCUCUAUAUUCUAAGAGCUUGCUAUAAUCUGGUAGUAAUUUCCACAUCAGAAAGCGAAACCAGUCCAUUUAGCUAUGGAUGGAAUGGGCCGACUGAUCAUGCUGCUGUAGAGGAAACAAAUGGUUUAGAAUACAUACUCUUUGGGAUUGUUUUCCUACUUUGUGAGCUUCUGCCAAUAAGCCUGAUGGUCUGUUUCUUUCGUGCGAAGAAGCUAAAUCAGAAUUUGGCAGCAGCUGGGAUGGUGAACAGUCACAGCUUUGGGUCCAGAGCUUACUUUUUUGACAAUCCUAGAAGAUAUGAUAGUGAUGAUGAUUUACCAAGACUUGCUGGAGCAAAAGGAGAAAGAGGGAGCUUGCCUUCGACUCCAAAGGCCUCUGGAUGGUAUGGAACAAUCUGUCCAGCUAUGAGUUGUGCAAUUUCCCCACCUCUGCUGAGCGAACUUCCUGCAGGCUCUCCUUUACUAUUCACUUGUGGAAAUGUGGGGUCACAAGUGGCAUGACACACUCCUCAUGGGAAAGUUAAACUGCACCUUCUUGCAACUGUCUGUUACGUUUGAGACAGUAUGCGGUGUCUUUGUUUACGUUAAUGCAUUUACAUAUACAUUCCGUUUUUAAGGCACGUAAACCUUGGCCUUGGAUACAGGCAGCAUCCUUAAGAUACUCUUACUAUAUAAGUUGUCUUAAGGAGUCUAAUGGCAGCUGAAGACUUCUUUGCUUGUUAAAGGAAGUAUAAAUGCAUUUUGCACCUAUGUACUCUCUACCAUAUUAAAUUCCAUCAAGAAACAUUAGAAGGCAUCAAACAUAUGAGCAAAGCAAAAUGUCAUAACAUUUCAGAGAAUGUCUACUAUUUACUGGGAUUGUAUUGGGACAACUUUAAAAUCUGACAUUUGUUUUCACUCUCAAAGUGAAUUCAUCUUGUGUUUAAUUCUUAAAGGCAUUUUUUUUUUUUUUUUUUAAUGCUAGCACUUUGACCAAUACAAACAAUAGGCUGCGUUUUUUGUUUUUUUUUUAGGCUUCCCCAACGGCUUUUCAAUGCCCUUCCUUGUAACAAAAUGCAUAUAACUUAUGUAUUGAUAGGCAGCCGUUUGAUAUUAGCUGUGAAUCGAAUUGCUCCCAUGUUUUCUGAAAGGAUGGAAACCUACAUUGGCAGUCUUGUGUUACUAAUUGGGACCUGUGUGGUCAAAGUUAGCAUAUAGUCUUUGUGUGUUAGUUUUAUUAGAAGUAUUGCUGUCUUAGUCAUGCAUCUUAUAUGCAGAUGUUGAACAGACCUGUUACACCAUCUGAAAAUGCAUUAUGUGAAGCAAAUGUGUGAUUCUUUUCUCAUCUCUCAAGCCUAACUGAGCUUUGAGUGUUCUGCAAACUUAAAUACCCCUCUUUCUGUAGGACAGCCAUGGCUGCAAGUCUACUGAAUUCCCUUACUAAGGGAAAUGAUGGCUCUUUCCAUGCAUUUGCUUCAUCAUGAAACUACUAAUCCAUAUUAUUUCUGCAGGGCUUUAAAAGUAAGAGAUCAGGGUUUAUUUUAUUUUUUGAUUAUGUUUGUCAGUUCAUAUUUACUGUAAAUUGCAUAAUUUUAGUAAGAAUGUUCACCCAGUAACUGUAAAAGUUAUUGGCGAUCUGGUCCGUUAACAUUUAACCCUCUUUGGAGCAUGCAGGCAUUGUAGCGCUUUUGGGGACCAAAUGGAUGAUAUUUACUUGAUCUAAUGGUUAACAAAAAAUGAAUCGGAGGUUUAAAACAAUGCACCGUUCACCUUCUACAACUGUAAAAAUCAAUUAUAUUGACAAGCCCUAAGCAGCAAGCACAUCUGUUCAGUAUUUCCAGUGAAUUAGAAUAUAAUUUUGCAUUGUAAGAUGGAUUGUGAUUGGCAAGCAAACACUGUCCUUUUUUUAUAUAGUUUGUUUUAUGUUAUGGAAACUUGGUGGUUUACAAUAUAACAUUGCACUGAAUUAUAUCUAUUAUAUUGUCUCCCUUUUUUUUUUUUUUUUUAAACUGUUAAAUUUAAAGCAGUUUAUUUUGUAUUUGAUUUUGACAAAACUAACCUGUUUUGUGGGAAUUUGCUUAUGUGACAAAGAUUUCCAAACCAUGUAAAAUAAUGUUUGAAUAUCACUGGUGUCAUGCAAACCCUGACACACUCUCUCUAGAUAUUAAAAAGCACAAAAUAUAUAGGGGGUUAUUUAUACAUUGGCAAUAGUAAAAUGUCACCAUUUUAAAAACUGUAUUCUGUGUAUUCAACCUGAUUUUUACACUUGAAUAUUUGCUUUUUCCGCCAACAUUAUUCACUGCUCUAGUUUUAAGAUCGAUAAGCAGAUACAAUUUGUACAAUAAUGCUAGAAUUACAGUUAUAUUGAAUAAAUGUUUUGGGGUCAUUUUUUCUUUUAGAGUUUAAAAUCUCCUAUGAAGAGUCAAAAGAAAUCAAGGAGAGGUUGUGUGUUUUUUUUUUGUUUUGUUUUUUUUUGUUUUUUCUAUUUGAAUUUAUUUGGCAAAUUGCAAAACAGUAGAUUUUUUCAGAUUACAAAGAAAAGGGGCAUAAUUGGUCAAAAUGGGGAAAUUGAUAGCCAAUAAUAUCAUUAACAAAAGUUAGUUUAAAUAAUGUCUUAAUGUGUUUUUAGCUUUGCAACUCCAGUUAUGCCAAAAUCUUUAUACAUCUAGUCCUAAACUUAAUAGUUAAGUGAUUGGUGCUGCUGUAAAAAUUCUAGCAUACUUGUUCAUUUAGAUUUUACCAGUGCAGUGCUGUUUAUGGUGCCUAACGACUGGUGUGCAUUUUAUUUUCUUCUGUAAUUAAUAAGCUGCCAAAAUCUAGCAGUGUUUUUACUAGUUUUCCUAAAUAGAAUCUUUCCGUCAGUGUAGAUUCCACAAUCAUCUAUAUAUUUGACUAACUCUGCUUGCGCUAAAAAAUAUGGGCUCAAGGCUACAUAUAUAUGAACCAAUUGCUUUAUUUUGGAGUCUAGUGUUAAGCUUAACCCAUUUUCUUAGCUGCUCUAGCAAAUGUCCGCCCCUCACCAAAGAAUUUUAUAUUUAUUUUUUUUCUUCUAAUUUGGCAUAGGUCAAUUUUUACUUAUGUUUUGAAGCACUUUGUGCACUUUAAUGUGUUUGGAGAAUGAGUGUUACUGCUAAAUAAAUUGUAAAAGCUCAUUUGUCUCCUUACACACUGGCACUCUUAGUUCUUCCAUCAGGAAUAAAAAUCUACAUCCCUUCUUAAAUCUAACGAGAGCCUUUUUUCAUAAUGUGAACAUUGAAAGAUUUCUCUCAGAAUGUUGUAUGUUAAACCAUGCCUAUGCCCCCCUUACUUUCUACAUUCUAUUCAUUUAGUAGCAUGGUCCUGGUAUAUGACAGCAAGAGUGCCCUUUGUCCUUUGUGUUCUUUUUAGCCACAAUAAAGAAGUGAAAUGGAAGGGGGGGUCCAGGUGACCAGCUUAACAUAAACGUAUAUUUAAAAAAUGCUAAACCUCUUUACAUUGCAUAAACCUUUGAGUUUUAGAAAGGGCUAUAAAUUGUAACUAGUACUAGAAUAUCCCGUUUUUUAAAUAGGUGUGUUUUUGUUUUGUUUUUUUAUUAAAUGUCAUGAACAGUGAUGGACCAGUAUAAUCGGGUACUGUCUAUUAAUGACAAUGUAAUUACUAGAUGAUCAGGUACUUUAAAUAUACUUUUCAGAUUUUUUUUUAUUUUUUUUUGUCAUUUUACCCAGUGUUUUCUUGACUUACUAUGUACAUUUUGAAACCAGUGAUUAGCUGGUUAAAGUAACCAAUGAAUGUAAAAAAUGUUGGUAACAAAAUUGUAAUCCAGCACUACCAUUUGUCAAUAAAGUUUUAUCUGCACCUGAA